AUGAAGGAAAAUGGCUUUAGAUUUCUUGUUAAGGAAUUGAAUAAUAAUCAUGCUUUAUUAUAUUUAGAAUCGGAUUAUGUACAAGAUGACGAUGAUAGGGAAUCAUCACCACUUUUUUAUGAAAAACCAGGCAUGUCCGAACUCGAUGAUGAUAAUCAGGACUCUUCAAAUGGUACUAGACGAGUGAAAUUUAGUAGUGCACCAAUUCGAGUUUAUCGAACAUAUUCAGCAAAUGAAUAUGAUCGACGAAAUGAUGAUAUUAAUCCAUUUUUAGCAACAGCGGAAUAUGAAUUAGAAAAACGAAUUGAAAAAAUGGAUGUUUUUCCUGUUGAAAUAGAAAAAGGCCCUGAUGGUCUUGGCAUAAGUGUAUUGGGCAUGGGUGUAGGUGCUGACACUGGCUUAGAGAAAUUAGGUAUUUUUGUAAAAUCCCUUAAUCCUCAAGGUGUAGUGGCUAAAGAUGGAAGAAUUCAAGUCGGUGAUCAAAUCAUCGAAGUAAAUGAUCAUUCACUUGUUGGUGUUACACAUGCAUAUGCUAAAAAUGUUCUUAAAUCAGCAUCUGGUUUAGUAGAAUUUUUAAUUGGUCGAGAAAAAGAUUUUGAAAAUUCAGAAAUUCCUGGUCUCAUACAACGUUCAUUACAAUUAGAUCAAGAACGUGAAGAAAUGUCGCGAACAUUGCAAAAAUAUCAUGGAGAAUAUUAUGAACAAAAUCUUAGUGAUCAUGAUACAAUAGAAGACAAUGAACAAAUUGAACCGAAAGUUUCAAGUGAAUUUGAAAUUGAAAUCCUUAAACAAUGUUAUGAAUCAUUAGAAGAAACAUUAGAAAAUACUGAAAAAGAAAAAGAACAGUAUCAACAACUUUAUCAACAAAUGCAAAAUGAUUUCAAACAAAUCAAAGAAAAAUAUGUUAAAGCAAAAAUCUUAAUUAAAGAAUUGCAAGAUCGAGAAACAGAAUUACGUCAACAACAAACGGAUUUAAAUGAACAACAAGAAAAACGUAUCAAUGAACUGAUAAAAAAGGUUGAAGACCUUGAAAAUACCAUUGCUACUUUAAUAGCGAAAUCUGAAGAUAUUUCAGUACCCAAAGUGAAUGAAAGUAUUGUGUCAGAAUCGUCUGAUAUACCGGAAUGUAUAUUGAAUCGAACACAUACACGUUCUAGUCAACAAUUGACUUCCACAGAUCGACAUUCUAUUGCAACAUCAUCUGUUCGGUUUCCUUCAAUAUCAUUAGACAAAAUACCAACAUGUGCGGAACAAACAGAAGAAUCUUGUCAAAUUGUUUCUAAUAACAAUACAUCAACUGAUCAGAUUGAUACUGAGGUUGAUCGAAAUUCAUUAAUGAAUCAAACUCAUGUAACCAAUACAUACUCAAACAACUUAUCAUUGAAACAUUUAUCUACUCACUCACUUGGUGAAGUUUUGAAUGAUUGUGAUAUUAUCUAUAAUAAAACUUAUUUGUCAAAAGUCCCAUCAUUAGAACAAACAAGUAAAAUGAUGAUUGUCAUAUUUAAAUUAUAUGUUCUUGUUUUUGUUCUUGGUUUUAUAGGUAGUGAUGGCUUUUCAAAUGAUGAGCAUGUUAAAAUAAAAAAUUGGACAUCUGAUCAAUGUAUUCAAUGGUUAACAGCUCAAGGAAUGACAUCGUUAAUUCCUAUAUUUCUCAAUCGUAGCAUUGAUGGUGAAAAACUAUUAUUACUUGAUAGUACAAAAAUGAAGGCAAUGGGUAUAAAAUCAAGUAAAGAUCGUGAUCAAUUAAAAGCAAAAAUCAAAGAACUUAAGCAUGCUGAAUAUAGUCGAUUGCGUGAACGACUUAGCCAAUCAUUACCAUUUCAUCGAUUAGCAAAUAAUGGAAGCCGAUUACGUUCAUCAAGUCUGACGAAAUUGAAAGAACGAAGAUUUUUUAGUAGUAGUAGUGGAAAAUAA